AUGUCCAAGACAGCUCUAGUCGUUGGUGGAUCGCGGUGAGAUGAGCCUUGAAGAAGUUCCUCCUCCCAUCCUCCUAUGACUGACCGUAGACCCUAAUCUCUCGUUUUCCCGGUGGAGCUCAGCGGUCUCGGAUUGUCCCUCCUCGAGCACCUCCAUUCCAAAGGCUACGAAGUCGUGACGACCGUCCGUUCCCUCCCCGAUUCCCCUCUCGAAUCCAUCCACCACAUCCCCAACAUCGACCUAUCCCUCCCCGGGGCAUCCGCGUCCACGCUCACCUCCGCCCUGCGCCCUUCAACCGAGUUCGAUCUCGUCAUCGUCUCCGCUGGCUACUUCAAGGAUGAUACCUUGCAGACGUUGGAUUGGGAAGAGAUGAACAAGAUGUUCCAGAUAUGUGCGAUUGCUCCGGCGUUCAUCGUAGGCGAGUUGGUCAAGCAAGGGUCGAUUCGUAAAGGGGGAAAGGUCGUGCUUGUGACGACUGAGGGAGGUUCGAUUGGGCUUAGGACCAAGGAAGAAGGCGGAGGCAAUUACGGUCAUCAUGCUUCCAAGGUGAGCUAAAGGAACCCUCUAUCUCGCCUGAGAAUCUUGCUCACGACCCACCACCCGCCCUCUCUCUCAACCCAAAAGGCCGCCGCAAACAUGGUUGGCAAACUCCUCUCGAUCGACCUAGCCAAGCAAGGUAUCACCCUCGUCAACAUCCAUCCAGGAUUCAUGAAGACCGAAAUGACCGCCAACAUUGGGUACGACAAGUUCUACGACGAAGGUGGUGCCGUUGAACCGGAGGAAGCGGCGAAAAGCUUGGUCGAGUUUGUUGAGAAGCAUGUCAAUGAGUCCAAGAAUGGCUCGUUUUGGGCGCCGAGGGGACCAAGGUGAGCUUCGCACAUCUUUGCCGAGGGAGCAAGAGUGCGAACUGACUUGUGCUUCCUGUCGUGGCCCAACGAAGGGACGUGGGUGAAGCUGAACGAGUGCUCGGAAAGGAUUUGCCCACUCCGCUCGAGCUUCCCUGGUAG